ACGAAGUUCUCUCCAUCCCCAAACUUGAAAGCUGUAACUCUCUGUGAAAUAUCUGCGACGAACGGCGAUCAUGAAUAUUGAAGAUGGAACUAGAGAGAAUAAUGGGGAAGAAGAGAUUAAUGAUAGCCCAAUAGAGGAGGUCAGACUCACUGUACCUAUUACUGAUGAUCCAACAACACCUGUAAUGACAUUCCGAACAUGGCUUCUAGGGAUGAUAGCUUGUGCUCUUCUCGCAUUCAUGAACCAGUUUUUUGGAUAUCGAAACAAUCAACUCAGUAUAUCUGCUAUCUCAGCUCAGAUUGUUGUUCUUCCACUUGGCAAGUUACUAGCCUCAAUACUUCCCUCAAAAGUCAUAACUAUUCCGGCCACAAACCUGCGCUUCUCUUUGAAUCCUGGACCAUUCAACCUCAAAGAACAUGUUUUGAUCACAAUAUUUGCCAACUGCGGCGCAAACUCGGUUUAUGCAGUCAAUAUAGUUACAAUUGUUAAGGCCUUCUAUCACAAGAGUCUGCAUCCUCUUGCAGCUUAUUUAUUGGUACAGACUACACAGAUGAUGGGAUAUGGUUGGGCUGGCUUGUUCAGGAAAUUUCUUGUUGACUCUCCUUACAUGUGGUGGCCCAGUAAUCUGGUACAAGUUUCUCUGUUCAGGGCACUAAAUGAACGAGAGAAGAGAAAAAGGGGAGGGAUGACAAGACUUCAAUUCUUCCUUGUAGUCUUCAUAUCAAGCUUUGCUUACUAUCUCAUCCCAGGAUACUUUUUUCCUUCUAUAAGUUCCUUAUCCAUCUUAUGUUGGAUAUGGAAGAGCUCCAUCACCAUGCAACAGAUUGGUUCAGCUGUUUCUGGACUUGGAAUUGGUUCCUUCGGUUUUGAUUGGUCAACCAUAGCUGGGUUUCUCGGAAGUCCAUUGGCCACUCCGGGGUUCGCAAUCAUUAAUGUGAUGACUGGUUUCUUUCUGUUUUUGUAUGUUCUUGUCCCAAUCGGAUAUUGGUCGAAUUCAUAUAAUGCAAAGAGAUUUCCAUUGUUCUCAUCACAUGUCUUUAUGGGAAAUGGAAGUGCUUAUGAUGUGGAUCAGGUGUUGGAUCCAAAGACAUUCUCUUUUAGUCAGGAAGGAUAUGACAAGGUUGGACCAAUUAAUCUUAGCAUCUUAUUUGCCUAUACAUAUGGGUUGAGUUUUGCUACGGUUGCUGCCACGCUAUCUCAUGUUGCACUAUUCCAUGGGAGGAACAUAAUGAAUCUGACAAAAUCAGCAUUCCGUGACGAAUUUGCCGAUGUGCACACAAGGAUUAUGAAGAAAAACUAUGAAAGAAUCCCACAAUGGUGGUUCCAUGUUCUCCUCGUCCUCAUGUUUGGUCUGGCUAUUUUAGCCUGUGAGGGCUUUGGGAAGCAGCUCCAACUUCCUUAUUGGGGAGUUCUACUAGCAGGUGGUGUAGCUCUUCUCUACACUCUCCCUGUUGGUAUCAUCCAGGCUACAACCAAUCAACAAGUGGGACUAAAUGUGAUUACUGAGCUGGUUAUAGGCUAUUUAUACCCAGGGAAACCACUCGCAAAUGUUUCUUUCAAGACAUAUGGUUACAUCAGUAUGGCUCAGGCAAUCACAUUCAUCCAAGAUUUUAAGUUGGGGCACUACAUGAAGAUACCGCCAAAAUCCAUGUUCAUCGUCCAGCUUGUUGGGACUGUUGUGGCAUCCUCUGUAUACUUCGGCACUGCAUGGUGGCUCCUCGACUCUGUGGAGAAUAUAUGUAACCCCACUAAACUCCCUGAAGGAAGCCCAUGGACAUGCCCUGGUGACGAUGUUUUUUAUAAUGCAUCCAUUAUAUGGGGUGUGGUUGCUCCUCUAAGAAUGUUUGGUCGUCUUGGCAUCUACUCAAAGCUGAACUACUUUUUCCUCAUCGGAUUCCUUGCUCCCAUUCCAGUUUGGGUUCUCUCGCGCAUUUAUCCAGAGAAGAAAUGGAUCAAGCUUAUCAACAUGCCUAUAAUCCUUGGUUCAACAGGAAUGAUGCCUCCUGCUAGGGCUGUAAACUACUUGAUGUGGGGUCUUGUUGGUGUUGUGUUCAACAUAUAUGUGUUCAGAAAAUACAAAAGCUGGUGGGGAAAGAAUAAUUAUAUUCUUUCAGCCGGACUUGAUGCUGGAGUUGCUUUUAUGGGUAUUUUAAUUUAUUUCGCUUUGCAAGACUAUAACAUUUAUGGCGCAAAUUGGUGGGGAUUAGAGACAGAUCACUGCCCUUUAGCUAAAUGCCCAACUGCUCCAGGAGUUAAUGUUGAAGGAUGCCCAUCAUUUUGAGAGUUGUCAUUCUGAAUUGUGGUAAGAAGCUGAAUACUUGUCAGGGAAAAAGUACUUGUUGAAUACUUUUAACCCAAAAUUAAGA